AUGGGAGGGAAACGGUUGAAAUUGCCGUUGAGGAAGAUGGCCGUCGAUGAGUCCUUCAAGAAGCCAGGAGCCAUCCCGUUCAAGUGGGAGAUCCGGCCCGGUGUCCCCAAGAUCCAGCACCACCGCCACCGGCAGCUGCCCCCACCCCCGCGGCCUCUGCCGGAGGACCCUCCUCACCGAGAUGGUCAUUCGUCCCUGCCAAAGCUCAAGCCACCCCCCGCUGCGCCCGGACCCCAGUUCCUCUCGCCGCUGGAGAUGCGGACUGGGUCCUUCCGGUCGGCUCCUCGCACCCGCUCCGAGCGGUGGCGGCUGGCCCACCCAUGCUGGGCCAGCCCGAAUGCGUCCUCCGGGCCGGGAUGCUUCCCCGCCGCGCCGCUGCUGAAGCGGAAGGAGAGCAAGAGAAGGUCCCGCAGGACCAGGCCCGAACCCGAGCCCGAGCUCGACAGCUGCUCUGAUCUCGGGACACCAUCCCGGUUUUCUUUUUCGACCCAGAGAUCGCUCUCGCCGUACCGCGAAUCGCCGUGCGCGUCAUCCUAUUUGUCCGUCAUGUCAUCGCCGAGGCUGUCGUUUUCUUCGUACAUAAGGUCUCACCAGUCGUCACCUCGAUGCAUGGGUGAUCCAGAGUGGGCUGGGUUCGGGCUCUUUUGAAGUAGAGAUUGAUCCUCAAUGUUCACCAAAUUGACACAAAACGCACACAAGUUUACACACCCGCCGCGGCGAAGGGAAUUGCUGAGGCUUUGUUUUGUGAUCAGAAAGUGAGUGAUUUAGCAGAGUAGACAACCUGCACAAGAUUGGUCUUGUGAUCUUUGUAUGUGUUGGAUUAGAACAUAUGUAAUGUCAACUUUUACGUUUAAGUUUGAUCGAAA